AUGGUCCUUGCCCUCUUCCGAUCCCUGGUGGGUAUGAUGUACCACAUGGUUUAUGCAUUGGUGCUGCUCCUCUGGUUCAUGGGCAUCUCCUUCCCACAACUCACAGCAUGGAUCCGCCACCAUGCCGUGGCUGCACGGACUCACCUGAUGGAGUUGGGAAGCUUGAUCAGCUGUCAGGUG